AUGGCUGCUGAAAAGGGUCUUGAAAGAACUUGUCUUGUGAGUGAGAGGGACAUCAAGAAGUACUCGUUGGCCCUAGACAGGAUGAGCUGGCUUCAGAAGAAUCCAAAUGAAGAGAGGCAGCAGCAGGAAGCAGACGUUGCAGGAGCUAAUCCAGCCUAUCACUGUCACAUCUACUCACAGGCCUAUGAGAACAGAAAGAGGGAGCAGCAUCAAGCCAGGAGGAAGCUCUGUGUAGCAUCAGUAAUUUGCACCUUCUUCAUGAUUGCUGAGAUAACAGGGAAGUAUGCGUGUGGGCAGAUCGCCGGGAGCCUGGCAGUGGUCAGCGACGCAGCACACAUCCUGGUGGACCUGACAAGCUUCCUGAUCAGCCUCUUCUCGCUGUGGCUCACCUCCAAACCUCCUACCAAACAGUUCACUUUUGGGUGGCAGCGAGCAGAAAUUCUGGGAGCUUUGAUGUCUAUGAUAAUAGUUUGGAUGGUGACUGGUGUGUUGACAUAUUUGGCUUGCAUGAGGCUGCUGCACCCAGAUUACGAUAUUGAUGCUACAGUGAUGCUCAUUACCUCUGCUUGUGCUGUGCUCGUCAACAUCCUACUAAGCCUAAUUCUGCACCAGACUGGCCACGGGCACAGCCAUGGGCUACAAGCCAGGGAACGCAUGUCAGCCCCUCUGGAAAAGCCAGCUCUGAGCAAUGCCAGCCUGCAGGCAGCCUUUGUGCAUACCAUUGGAGAUCUAUUCCAGAGUAUUAGUGUGCUAAUUAGUGCACUUAUCAUCUUCUUUAAGCCACAGUACAAAAUAGCUGACCCAAUCUGCACAUUUGUGUUUUCCAUCUUUGUUUUGGCAACUACCGUCACGAUUUUAAGGGAUAUUUUAACUAUGCUAAUGGAAGGAACAUCAAAAGGAUUUGCUUAUGAUGCUGUAAAAGCAAGAAUUUUAACAGUUGAAAAAGUGGAGUCUGUUCACGACCUUCAUCUUUGGUCUCUGACAAUGAAUCAAACUGCUCUCUCUGCUCACAUUGCCACAGCAGACUCAACAGACAGCCAGAAGAUUUUGAGAGAUGUUACCCAAGCCCUCUUUGAGCACUACAGCUUCCACUCCAUCACCAUUCAGAUUGAAUCAGGAGAGGAUCAGAAACCAGACUGUGUCUUCUGCCAAGAGCCCGAGGAUUAA